AUGGGUAUGGAGGCUGCUGUACGUGCCAAGACAACCCAGUUGGAAGGCAUCAGCUUCGUGCGCAGCGAUGGCCGUCCGUAUGGAGUCAUUAGAGCUACUGGGAAUCCCAAUCAGCAAUCACUAGUAUCCGAGUACGAGAUAUUCCGUGGUGACCUAGCACAGAUCCUCUACGACCUGACCAAGGACAACAAAAAUAUCGACUAUGUGUUCGGAGAGCAAAUGGAGUCCAUAUAUCAGAACGAGAAAGCAGAUGGAAGUGUUAAAGUCGAGUUUGCUAACCGAUUGCCCACCUCGGAGUACGACCUGGUUGUGGCUUGUGAUGGUGCAACCUCGAGAACUCGAGCCCUAGGACUCGGUAUUGGAGUGCGAGAUGACGUUGAGCCUACGAACUGUUGGGCGGCUUACUUUCCAUACCUGAGGACCCCAGGCCAGUCCAACGUAUACAGUGUCCCCAUACAGCUCGUACAUAGUAUUGAUAGAUGA